AUGACAUCGUGGCCCGUUUCCCAAUGGGGUAUGGACAUUAUAGGAGUGAUCAAUCUUCCUUCUGUAUUGGGCCAUGCCUUCAUUCUGGCAGCGAUAGGCUACUUUUCCAAGUGGGCUGAAGUGAUCCCUCUCAAGCAAGUUACAGGGACUGCGGUAGCCAACUUCAUGCGUCAUCACACCAUCUACCGAUUCGGAGUUCUGGACUGGAUAAUAUCUGAGAAUGGCCCCCAGUUCAGAAUCCAUCAUGUUGAUCACCUGGUUAACCAGUUCAGCUUCGAGUGGAAGUACUCGGCUAUGUACUACCCUCAAGCCAACAAAUUGGCUGAGGAGUUCAACAAAACUCUGUGCGGGGAACUCUGA